CCGUCGUCUUCAUGUUCUCAGGGCGCUGUUCUGUUCUUGGGCCGCUCUUUGGUUCCGAGAGCACGUCGUGGUAGGCCUGCUGGGAAUGCCGGGGCGCUCCGUCCCUGCUCCAGACUGCCGCCCGCAAAUGGCAUGGCGCCCGCCUCGUCGAGGGAGCGCCCAGCCCCGCCGGCGCCAUGGCGCCAGCGGGCCCCCCGGAGGGCCGUGCUGGGCGCGGCCGCUGCGCUGGGCGUGCGGGGGGCGCUCGGCGGGGAGGCGCCCGCGUGGUGGAGGGCGGGCAUGCCGCCGCACGAGAUGCCGCAGGAGCUCCAGGAGGCCUUCACGCUGGGAGGCCGCGUCCCCGUCGCCGCGAUGUACGUGGACGACACGAACGGCGGCGCGGGGACGCAUUACUCGGUGGACCGCCCCGGGAUCCAGCGCCUGGUCGAGCAGUUUGGUGCGCUUCGAGCCCGCGGCCCGGGGCCGCGCGCGCACCGCUGGGCCCUGCUCUUCGAGGCCCUCGCCGCGCGCCCCGUCGAGGGCUGGCGCGCCGUGGUGUUCGGCUCCACCGACGCCUCCGUCGAGGCGAUCCUGCUGGCCCACGGCGCCGCGCACGUCACGACGGUAGAGUACACGUCGGCUGCGCGUCAGGGCGGCCCUUCGCUGAAGUGGCCCUUUGGUGUGCGACUCUCGGGGCCACCACCACAGCAUUUUGCUUUUCCGGUACUUCGCCUCCGGGUUCCUGUACAAGGCGUUCCUUUGCAUGCACUUCGCCUUCGGCACCGGCUGAUUCCGGGGCUUUGCCCUCUCUUGGCCUUGACGUGAGGCCCCUCCCUCUGCCUUCCCCCCUCUGUCAAUUACAGUUGUGCGCGGCCCGCUUAGCUUCGACCGGAAGAGGCUCGCUCUCGAC